CAAAGAAAGUGGAAUUAUUUAGGUUUACGUAAUUCUCCCAGUGUUAUACUGUCUAUGACAAUGACAAUACCAUUGCUGCCAGAACAGUACUUUACAAAAGCCUAUCAUAUAUUAUGCAAUACUUGUGAAGAAAAUGACCCUGACUAUGAGAAGAUAAAAGAAUUCUUAAUUUACGUUGAAAAGACGUGGUUAUCUAAGGCUUUAAAAAUAAGCGUGUAUGAAUGCCCUGUCAAAACAAACAAUGCUGUUGAAAGUUUUUGUAAUGUAAUAAAUAAAAAAUUGGGCGACCAUCAUCCAAACAUGUGGUUGUUUUUAGAGAAACUAGGAAAUGUCAUAAUGGAUCAAACAAUUGAUUUAAAGCGUUUGCACAAUAAUGAAGAAGUACGGUCUGUACGAUCACGAAAAAGUAUAGAAAGAGAUGUGAAAAUUUUUGAAACACAAAUCGAUCUGAUAUCUGGAAGAUUACUUCUUCAACAAUUUCUACGUAUGUUUAUUGGUAAAUUAGAUGACUAUCGUUGGAAGGAAAGUUUUACUGUCUAAAGCAAAGUAAUUAUCGCCCAAUGUAAUUUGAAAGUGACAAAGAUAAUUAGUGUUAUUAAGUUACAAAACAUGGAAGCAAUUAAAGGCAAAUUUAAAAACAGUACCGUCUACAUUUAUGAAAGAUAUAUUUAUCACAUUGACAAACGUUUGGAAGGUACAUACAGAUGUUCGACUCGUCGUAACAUUGGCUGUCAAGGAUUAGCGAUAGUCAGCGAAGAUGGCCAAGUAACCGUUACCUCUUUGCAUGAUCAUCCUCCUAAUGACAUGGUGGCACGUACAUCAAAAUUAAAACAAGAAAUAUAUCGUCUUUGCCAAGAGAGUAUACAGCCUAUAAAAAAAAUAUUUGAUGAUGUGUGUGAAAGUGAUCCUGAAGCAGCAAUGCAUUUAAGUUAUCCUGCUAUUAAAAGCACAUUGAACAGAAUGCGAGCUGCGUACAAACCGCCUGUACCAAAUUCUUUCGCAUCUCUCAGUUUGGAGCUUGAAAAGUAUGAUGCAUGCAAAGAUAUCUAUAAAGGGACUGUAAUCGCAGAAGAUAAUAGCAUGGGAUUUUUAUUUUCAAACAAUGAAUUGCUUGAUGCGUUGAAUGAAAGUACAGAA